AUGAUUCCUCCAGCCAACCUUACUAUGGUUAAUGAGUUCCUGUUGCUGGGCUUCUCUUACCUACAGGAAAAGCAGCUUCUGCUUUUCCCACUGUUCCUCUGCCUUUAUCUGCUCAUUCUGAGUGGGAACAUCACCACAGUGACUGCCAUCCGCCUGGAACAGAGACUCCACACCCCAAUGUACUACUUCCUGAGUGUUCUUUCUGUUUCUGAGAUCUUUUAUACCAUUGUCAUCCUGCCUAAGAUGCUCCUCAACCUUCUUUCUGUGCUCAGGACCAUCUCCUUCACCAGUUGUGCUGUCCAGAUGUUCUUCUUCCUUGGCUUUGCUAUCAAUAACUGCCUGCUGCUUGGGGUGAUGGGUUAUGACCGCUAUGCUGCUAUCUGCCACCCUCUGCGCUACCCAAUCCUCAUGAGCUGGCAGGUGUGUGGGCAGCUGUCAGUCACUUGCGGCAUUUUAGGUUUCAUGAUCUCACUAAUUUUGGUUAACUUGGUCUUUAAUCUCCCCUUUUGUAAUUCCAACAAAGUCAAUCACUACUUCUGUGACAUUUCACCUGUCAUUCGGCUUGCCUGCACAGAUUCAGACACUCGUGAAUUCAUCAUCUUCAUCCUUGGAGCUCUUGUGCUUGUGGCCCCCUUUUUCUUCAUUUGCAUUUCCUAUUUCUCUAUCUUGAGAACCAUCCUGAAUAUCCCCUCAACUGAGGGGAAGAAAAAGGCCUUCUCUACCUGUGCUUCUCAUCUCACCGUGGUAAUCAUUCACUAUGGCUGUGCUUCCUUCAUCUACCUGAGACCCACAGCCAGCUAUAUUUCCAACAAGGACCGCUUGGUCACAGUGACAUAUACCAUCAUCACACCUCUGUUGAAUCCCAUGGUGUAUAGCCUCAGGAAUAAAGAUGUACAACUGGCCAUAAGGAAACUACUGAGCAGGGAAUUUUACCUGAAAUGACACAAUUUGAUUGGUUUCUUUGAUAAUUCAGCUUUGGUGCUGAAUAUUCUCCCAAAUUAUGCUUGUA